GCACUGCUGAGGAGCGGAGCCUCCGAUUGGGGGGCCCCUAUCCUUGUCUUUCCCCCACAACUGCUUGUCCCCGCCCCAGCUCCCACUGGCUGGGCCAACUGUGGUGUGGCUGUCGCCGUUUGUCGGAGGAGCCUUAAUCGGCCACCUGCCGCGUUCUACAGCCUCUUUGCAUCUCGGAUUUCGGGGCGGCUCCCUCCCCCAUCUUUCCCUGCUUCUUUGCACCCCGCUUUUUCUGCGUUUCGCUCGAAUUUUGGAGCCGUCUGGUUUUGCACCCCUUUUUGUUUUGCUUCUAGGCGGUGUGUGGGGUGAAGGUGCCUCGGCAUCCCUUUCCCUGGUUAUCUUUCCCUGUUUUGACAGCCCCCCUUUCUAUCGCAGUCGGGGGGCCUAGCCUCGGUGCACCUUCGCCGCACUGCCAGCAGACCACAGUGCGUGGCUGUGCACCCCGGAAUUUGCAGCAGCUGUAUAUCUGACUGGAGUCUCCCUGCCUCGCUCCCGCGCGCAUUUGGUGCGUGGAGGGCUUCAGCGCGCGACGCCCCGGCUUCUCCGCAGCCCCCAGCAGCGCGCCGGGACUCGCCCCGUGCCUCCAAGAUGGUCAUCCAGAAAGAGAAGAAGAGCUGCGGGCAGGUGGUUGAGGAGUGGAAGGAGUUCGUGUGGAACCCGCGGACGCACCAGUUCAUGGGGCGCACCGGGACCAGCUGGGGUACGCGGGGCUGGCGCGGGAAAGGUGGUAGCUGACCGCUCGGCGAUGCCUUUGGGGCGCAGGGUCCCGCGGGCGUCGCCCCAGCUCCCCUGCCGGGUCCCUGGCGUCCAGCCCCCACUGUCGGGCUUUGGAUCGGGAGGGGCCCCGAAUCAGCGGUCUAAUCUCUCUGACUGGCCGCUGCGGAGGCGGAGAAAGUAGGUCACUGCCGCCUGCCCGCCCCCCGCGGAGCCCCCUCGGGCGGGGGGUCGCGGGCUCUGCGCGCGUGUCCGUGCCACGGCGCUCCCGCUCCGGCUCAGGCCCUGCGGCUGCACACGGUCAUCAUCCCUCUCCCCGAAGAGUGCCCUAACUCUCCCUCUGGCUCUCACUAGCUAGCCAACCUCGUUUAUUUUUAGCUCUCACCCACCCCCUUGGACCCUGGGAACAUUCAUGAGGAGGCGGAUCUGGCAGGGGGGUCUUGGGAGGGGGGGUUCUUAACAGCGGAAGUUGUUUGUCUGUAUUCCACCAUUGGGCGUUUGGAGUCCUCUGUGGCUGCUUUGUGGGUGGGGGGCUGCCAGGAGGGAUGGUAUUUUUCCAGGCUUGAGGUUUUCAGAUGUCAGAGGUGGAGGGAGUAAUGGUCACUGUGCUGAUAUGGGUACAUCCUCAGGCAGGGUGUUUACAUGGGACUCAGAUGCCUUGGAAGAACUCUCUACCCUUACCUCAUGGGUGUGCAAGGACUUAGGUAGUCAGGGGCUGCUGAUGGGUACCCGGUGAGGUAAGGGUGACUGACAGUCUUGCAAGACAGUGCCAAGCUGGAGAAUUGAAGCACAAGGGAUUCUGUGUGACAUAAUUUACGACAUAUCCACAUCGAUUGGACACAGUCUUCAUCAGACCACCCACCUGAGGCUUAGGGGACCAUGAAAGGAGAUCAAUGCAGCCCUUGUCCUCAAGGAACCCAAGACCCUGUGGGAUGUGAAGGAUCAACGAUGGAUGCUUGGGCUACUCAGAAGCCUCCACAGAGGAACUGUCUUCUUAGGUAGAAAGACUGAGAGUUCAGGGAGAUUGGAACAGCAUGUCCUCCUCACUGGAGGCUUAGGAUAGGAGUCCUGAGAGAUGAUGUCCAGGGAAGGCUUCUAGGAGAUUCUGUCUUCUCCUUGACUCUGGCCAAGAUCCUGUCCUUCAUCCUCCUCUUCUACCUCGUCUUCUAUGGUUUCCUCACGGCCAUGUUCAGCCUCACCAUGUGGGUAAUGCUGCAGACCGUCUCUGACCAUACCCCCAAGUACCAGGAUCGACUGGCCACACCAGGCUUGAUGAUUCGACCCAAGACUGAGAACCUUGAUGUCAUUGUCAACAUUAGUGACACUGAAAGCUGGGGUCAGCAUGUUCAGAAGCUCAACAAGUUCUUGGAACCUUACAACGACUCCAUCCAAGCACAGAAGAAUGAUGUCUGCCGUCCAGGGCGAUAUUAUGAGCAACCUGAUAAUGGGGUUCUGAACUACCCAAAACGUGCCUGCCAGUUCAACCGGACCCAACUGGGCGAUUGCUCUGGCAUUGGGGACCCUACCCACUAUGGUUACAGCACCGGGCAGCCCUGUGUCUUCAUCAAAAUGAAUCGGGUCAUCAACUUCUAUGCAGGGGCAAACCAGAGCAUGAAUGUCACUUGUGUUGGCAAGAGAGAUGAAGAUGCUGAGAACCUUGGCCACUUUGUCAUGUUCCCUGCUAAUGGCAGCAUUGAUCUGAUGUACUUUCCCUACUAUGGCAAAAAGUUCCAUGUAAACUAUACUCAGCCUUUGGUGGCUGUAAAGUUCCUGAAUGUGACCCCCAACGUGGAGGUGAAUGUUGAAUGCCGCAUCAACGCUGCCAAUAUUGCCACAGACGAUGAGCGGGACAAGUUCGCUGGCCGUGUGGCCUUCAAACUCCGGAUCAACAAAACCUGAGGCUCCCCACCCCCACCCGCCCACACUCUCCUGUGGAUGCUUCUGGAAUGUCCUUGACCCUGCCUGAUCCCUCCCUCACCCACCCCAAAGGUAUUUUUUAUAAUAGAGCUAUGACUUGUCUGAGCCUCACACCCUUUCCUCAACUUCUCUACCUAGCCUGAUGCCCACACAAUUUCCAACAUCUUCCAACCUUAGCUUAGCCAGAGACAGAGAGGAGUCGGGAGUUUUCUAGUUCGGGAACCGGAGUUGUCACUCAGCGACAGAGGACUUGCCUAGCAAGCACGAGGGCCUCAGCAUUGUUGGAGGUUUUCUAGUUUGAGUUUAUGAAUGAGAUGCCCUUACAGCUCCUGUUUCAGUUUCUACUCCCAUCCCCUUAGAGGUACAGGAAAUGGUCUCAUCCACCCAGCCUCUACCCCACAGAUCCCUCGAACCCGUUUCAGCCACUUGCUUCCCAGGGGUGAACACUGUCCUUCUUCCUUUUACAAGGUUCUAGCCACUUUCCUUUCAUCUCUUCACACUUCUGUCACCAUAGCCAGUAUCUUGGUGGCUUUGACUUCUGGUUCCUCCAGCAGUUCUGCCCUCUCCUCUCCCUGAUCCCUCUCCCUCUGAAAAGCUGCCAUUUGUAGCUCAGUACAAGUUGGUUCUGUGGCCUUUUCCGUCCUUCCUGAUACAUCCUGCUUCUCCCCCAACUGUGACUCCAAAGGAUGACUGGAAGAGAAGUCUUUAAUUCUUCUAGAAAAUUCUCUAGUAGGCUUAGACUUUUAACUUCUUCCUGGUCCCUCCUGUCAUCCAAACGGCUCCUACUCAGGCGGGCUUGACCUGCUCUGAAUAUCCACUUUGUUUUUUAACUGAUGGCUCCCUUCCCCCACUGGCCUUCCCAGAAUAUCUUUCAAAUUCUCCUUCCCAGGGAGCUCUGUGGGGGAGGGGCCGCUGUCUUGGCUCUAUCCCCAGCAGCCACCUUGGAAACGUCAGCUGGCUGGGGGGACUCCCUAAGCCCAGAUCUACCCACCCCCAUCCUCUCUCUGGCUACUCCUUGCAAGUUGCUAACUGGUCACUAAGGUCUUCCCUUUCUGCAUGCCAGCCUGAAAGCGUCAGACACCCUCCUCCAGCUCAGCUCUGAGUUUCUUUGCUCCGCCUCCUUCAAACUCUUUUGCCUUUAAAAAACAAACAAACAAACAAACAACCCUAUGACAUCCCUAGAAUGUUGCGAAAGAGCCCCCUGCUCCAAGUUUUCGUCCAUCAGAGCAGCAUAUUCCUCUAGUCUCUCUGCUUCUCUUUAAUCCUUUCCAAUCUCCUCUUCACCGCAGCCCCCACGUCCCACCCUCAAGUGGCUCCUUCCCUCUUUCCUCCCGCUGGAUCUGUGUCUCUUCCCUUUGGGUAUCCAGGUCUUCCUGCCCCUUCAUCUUCCCAGUGGUCUCCUUCUGCAGUUAUUUAAUGCCUGUGUCAGAUCUACUGUAAAAAGAGGGUAAAGUACAAUAAACUGAGAGCGAUUAUAUAUAUAAAUGUAUAUCAUACACAGA